AUGGCUCCUCCCCACGCUGAAGAUUUCACUGCUACUCCCAAUGCCUCUGCAAGCGCUCCCAAGCCUUUGUUCAAGGUUAACUCGGAUCUUGUCGAGUACACUGACGAGCACAUCCUGGCCAAGUAUGCCUACUCCAACACUAUCGUGAACAAGCAAGCCGACGGCUCCAUGGUCGUCGAGCCUGUUGACCAAGUCUACCACUUCAAGACUGAUCGCACAGUCCCUCGCGUUGGUUUGAUGAUGGUUGGUUGGGGUGGUAACAAUGGCACCACAUUGACUGCCUCGAUCCUUGCCCACAAGCAUGACUUGACGUGGCGCACCAAGAGCGGCGAGCACAAGGCCAACUACUGGGGCUCUGUGACUCAGGCUUCGACUGUCCGUUUGGGUGUCACGCCCGAAGGCGAAGACGUGUACGUGCCCUUGCACAAGAUGCUUCCUAUGGUCAACCCCACCGACUUGGUCAUUGGCGGCUGGGAUAUUUCUGGCAAGGACUUGGGCGAAUCGAUGGAACGGGCUCAGGUGCUCGAUUAUGACCUCCAGCGCCAAGUCCGUGACGAGAUGAGCAAGAUGACUCCCUUGCCUUCCAUCUACUACCCGGACUUCAUCGCUGCCAACCAGUCCGACCGUGCCGAUAACCUGAUCCCCGGCCAAGACAAGCGCAAGCACUGCGACCAAAUCCGCAAGGACAUCCGUGACUUCAAGGCCGCCAACUCGCUUGACAAGGUCGUCGUUGUCUGGACCGCCAACACCGAGCGCUAUGCUGACAUUUUGCCCGGCGUCAACGACACUGCCGACAACUUUUUGAAGGCCGUCACGGGAUCGCACGAUGAGGUUGCCCCGUCGUCCGUCUUUGCCUUGGCCUGUAUCGAGGAAGGUGUCCCCUUCAUCAACGGCUCGCCCCAGAACACGUUUGUCCCCGGCCUGAUUGAAUUGGCCGAGCGUGAGCGUGCCUUUAUCGGUGGCGAUGACUUCAAGUCUGGCCAGACCAAGUUCAAGUCUGCCAUCGUCGACUUUUUGGUCAAUGCCGGCAUCAAGCCCGUCGCUAUCACCUCGUACAACCAUCUUGGUAACAACGAUGGCAAGAACUUGUCCUCCCACAAGCAGUUCCGUAGCAAGGAGAUUUCCAAGUCCACGGUCGUCGACGACAUGGUCGCUGCUAACGAAGUCCUCUACAAAAAGGGCGAACACCCGGACCACACCGUUGUCAUCAAGUACGUCCCCUCCGUCGGCGACUCGAAGCGUGCCUUGGAUGAGUACGAGUGCGAUAUCUUUAUGGGUGGCCGUCAAUCCAUUUCGGUCUACAACAUCUGUGAAGACUCGUUCUUGGCCUCGCCCUUGAUCAUUGAUCUUGUCGUUCUUGGUGAAUUGCUCACUCGUAUCCAAUACAAGACCGGUGAAAUGACAAAGUUCAGCUCGUUCCACAGCGUCAUGUCCUUGUUGAGCUACAUGUUGAAGGCUCCCAUGGUCUCGCCCGGCACUCCUGUUGUUAACGCUCUUGGCAGACAGCGCUCGGCUAUUGAGAACAUCAUGAGAGCCUGUAUUGGUUUGGCUCCCAACAACGAGAUGGGUCUUGAGCACAAGAUCUGGAAACAGUAA